AUGCUAAUCGUAUUCCUCUGUUUUUGGCAAUUCGCCGAUUCUUGGUUUUUAAAUCGACCGGAGCCAAAUCGAUGGACAGAAGGCGGUGUCUGGCCCCUACCUUGGAAAAUUACAUAUCAUGAUAAGAAUUAUGCAAUAAAACAAGGCUUCUUUAAAAAAGUUUCCACCGAUUGCGACAUCAUUCAAAAAGCCCUGGAAAGAGCUGAAAAGCUGGCUUUUCGGGGCUUCGAAAUCAAUGGAACAAGUAUUGACAACGAUUCGGAGGAGUUGAAGACUCUAAAAAUCGAUAUAUUGAGUGGAGAAUGUCCCACCGGAGCACCGCAAAUCGAUAUGGAUGAGAGUUAUUCUAUCUCGAUCCCGGCUGUUAGCUCGACGGCAAGAAUCGAGGCGACCCAAGUCUGGGGGGUUUUGCGGGCCCUAGAAAGCUUCACGCAACUUAUCUUCCAAGUGACUGUCGGAUCGCUCCAAAUCCGCUCGGUCGAUAUCAGAGACCAUCCGCGUUUUUCGUGGCGCGGGAUUUUGCUCGAUUCCAGUCGCCAUUUUCUGCCGAUCGAGAUCAUUUUGGAGAAUUUGGACAUUAUGGCCCAAAACAAGAUGAACGUCUUCCAUUGGCACCUCGUGGAUUCGGAGGCUUUUCCAUAUCCUUCGGAGAAAUUCCCGAAUUUGACGGCGCAGGGCGCCUACAGCCCUCGGCACCACUACACUGUCGAUAAUAUCAAGAAAGUGAUAGACUACGCGAGGUUACGUGGGAUUAGGGUGCUCGCGGAGUUUGAUACUCCCGCCCACACUGGCUCCUGGGCCGGUGGAAAACCCGGGCUGCUGGCUGAAUGCUCGGAUCGUAAUUCACCAUCUAGUCUGAUCGACCCGACAUUAUCCCAAAAUUACCAGUUCCUGGAGGAGUUUUUUCAGGAAGCCCUCAACCUUUUUCCGGACGAAUACAUGCAUUUUGGUGGUGAUGAGGUGGCGCAGGAUAUUACGGAUUGCUGGCAAAACAACAAGGCCUUGCGAAAACGGAUGCAGCGCCAAGGAUUUGGUGGCGACACGAAGAAACUGUUGAAAUAUUAUUGGAAACGCUUCUUCGAAUCGAUCGAAAAAGCGAGACCAGGCACGAAAAAGGUGGUCUGGCAAGAAGCUGCAGAAGCAGAGGGGCAGUUGUCAAAGGACACUCUCGUCCACGUUUGGGAUGGAACGACGAUUGAUUUGGCGAAGAAAUCACUAUCACAACUGACAAGACGAGGCUAUAAAGUGAUUUUCAGUAGUUGCUGGUAUCUAAAUCGAAUCCGUUACGGCCCUGAUUGGGGGUAUCUUAAUGGAAAAAACUUCAAUUUCCGAGGAAUGUUCUACGAGUGCGAUCCCCAGAAUUUUUAUGGGACUCAGGAGCAAAAGGACCGCGUUCUCGGUGGCGAGGCGGCGAUGUGGGGCGAGUUUGUCGAUGGGACGAAUUUGAUCCCGACGCUGUGGCCCAGAGCAUCAGCCGUUGCCGAAAGGCUUUGGUCGAAUCCUGAAGAUACGAAAACUCCAGAGGCAGUGUGGCCGCGUUUACACGAACAUAGAUGCCGCAUGGUGCGUCGCGGCUACCGCGCGCAGCCGAUCAAUUGGCCCGACUAUUGCCCGUACGAGUGGAAGGAGACUUACGAAGAAUUA